CCCGCCCGCCUCCCGCAGCCAUGGCGGCUGCCGGCGGGAUGGUGCCGGUGCUGCCGGGGCUCUACGUGGGCGGCGCGGAGUCGUGCUCGUCCCCGGAGGCGCUGUCGGCGGCGGGGGUGGUGGCGGUGCUGACGGUGGACGCGGAGGAGCCGCCGGCCGUGCCGGGGGUGCGAGCCAUGCACGUCCGGGCGCGGGACGAGCCCGGCGCGGACCUGCUGAGCCGCCUGGAUGACUGCGCCGCGUUCCUGGGCGCGGCCCGGGCGGGCGGCGGCGCCGCGCUCGUCCGCUGCCACGCCGGGGUGAGCCGCAGCGUGGCCGUGGUCGCCGCCUACCUGAUGAAGACGCAGGGGCUCGGCUGGGAGGAGGCGCUCGCCGCCGUCAGGGCCGCCAAGCCGGACGCACAGGUGAACCCGGGCUUCCAGGGGCAGCUGAAGCUCUACGAGGCGAUGGGCUGUGCCGUGGACACCAGCAGCGUCCUCUACAAGCGGUACCGCCUGGAGAUGCUCAGCGAGAGGUUCUCUGAACCUCAAGACUUGCCCCGAGAAGUCUUUGCAGUUGAUCCUACCACUAUAUGUCAAACUUCGAACACAGAGGUUCUCUACAGAUGCAGGAAAUGCAGACGCGCUCUGUUCCGUAGCUCCAGCAUUUUGUCCCACACGGAAGGGAUCGGACCGACAGCCUUUGCCCACAAGAGGAUAACAGACUCUGCACGGCUUUCUGGGAAUGGCCAGGAAAAGUGCACCUCGUACUUCAUUGAGCCCGUGCAGUGGAUGGAGCCAGCCUUGCUCGGAGUAAUGGAAGGACAGCUUCUGUGUCCCAAAUGCACGUCAAAGCUGGGCUCCUUCAGCUGGAGGGGGGACCAGUGUUCCUGUGGCCGCUGGGUGACGCCAGCCUUCCAGAUCCACAAAAGUCGAGUGGAUGAAGUGAGGACGCUGCCAGUUGGUAACUUCCAAACUGCCAAAACCUGAACUCAUCGCUUCAGUUGAUGGAUUUCUCAACAUCCACUGAGAACUACUGACUAGUCCAUGGUUGCCAGGAAUGAGCUUGUGACUUCUGCCCCUUUGUGAGUGGCAGAAUUACUUGAACACCUUCAGCUUGUGGUAUCUCUUAAUAUAGUCUAUAAAAUAUCAGAACACUUCCUUCAGAGGUGUUACAGAGUGGUCAAAUUUACAAAAUGGGCCAAAUGUGAUGGCUUUAGUGUAUUCUUAAUUUAUCUGUUGCUGUUUACGGGAGGUCUCAACUCCUUAUUCAAAAGGAGUUGCUGUGGCCAGCAGUGCUGCUCAGCUUCUGACCCAAAGUGCCAAGUGCCCUAAAAUGGUACAAUGACAGUUGUUACAUUAGCAUGCAUGGCAGCAAAAGGCAGACUUACACUGUUAUUGUAUUAAAAGUAAUCCUAAGAAUACCUGCCCUAAGAGUAUUUACUACAUUGUAACUCUUUCAUGUAAUCUGUGAGGAGAUUGUGCAAGCUGUACUGGAAUGGGAGAACUGAAGUAAAGAAUCCAUGCCAAA